UGGUAAUAUCAGCCAAUAUAGCGGAAUUUGGGGGUGACGUGAAAGGGCUGCCGUACGUUGUAUGAGAGCAUCAUAACAGGGAAAUAUUAACCACCGCAAACAAAGUGCUAGAUCUGACACAACCAUCUGAAAGGAAACAUGCCUCCCAAGUUUGGUGGCGGAGAGAAGUGCGGCAUCUGUAGUAAAUCGGUGUACGCUGCCGAGAGGAUAGAGGCGGGGGGCACACCCUUCCACAAGCUGUGUUUCAAGUGUUCAGAAUGUAAAAUGAGUCUCAAGUUAAACACGUAUGCACAGGCCGAUGGCAUUCUGUACUGCAAGAAGCACUACCAGGAGAUAGUGGUUGCCAAGAACACGCAGACUCCCGUCUUAUAGCCGAGAAGCCCAGGGAGCGUGUGUGUCAGUGAUCUUUGUAGCUCUUUGAUAUAAAACUGAAAUGGUUGUAAUUUGUCCCGUAUGUCGGUGCUAGUUCAUCUAUCUAUACAUCAUGUACACAAGAUCUGAUUAUUUCCGUUGAAUAAAAUUAUUAGUUUUAUUAGAAA